CUUUAAAUGAUCAUUUGCUCACCUACUGCCGACCCGCUCUCCAACGCCUACGUCACGUCUCGCGAGAUCAGACAGAGACGGCACCGCUACGGAGUAUAUUAGCGCAGUGACGCAAGACGCUCCAGCUUGUGGACUGACGAGCAAAGAAGAAUUACAUAUGCCUGAUUUGGUUUCAAUAUUUCUGUACUCCUCAAGUGUCAUAAUGAGCAGUGAACAAACUCAACACCUACGAAAAUACAGCAGUCUACCAGUCUGGGUGGUAGAGGAUCACCAUGAUGUCCUGCCCUUUAUUUAUCGCGCUAUAGGGUCAAAACACCUGCCUGUCAGCAACAUUAGCUUCAUUCACCUUGACUCUCAUCCAGAUCUCUUGAUACCAGUGAAUAUGCCUGCAGAUACUGUGUUUGACAAGGAAUCCUUGUUUAGUGAGUUAAGUAUUGAGAACUGGAUCAUGCCUGUGGUAUAUGCUGGACAUUUCUCUCAAGUCGUUUGGAUCCAUCCCUGCUGGGCACAACAAAUAAAGGAGGGCAAACACUACUUUUUGGUAGGCAAGGACAAAUCAACAACUACAAUAAGGGUUACAAGCACAGAUGAUUACUUUCUGAGUGAUGGUCUCUAUGUCCCUGAAGAACAGCUUGAAAGCCCAAAGUCUCUUCAUUUGGAUGUUAUUUUAUUAGAACCUGUAAGAGAACAACAAUGUGAAUAUACAGAACAAGUUGAAUCUGUUGCUAAAAAAAUUAAACUUGCAGAAAGUGAUCAAGUAGUCGAAGGUCCAUUCACAGAUGGACCUCAGCCCAUCCUUCAGUCUACCUCUGAAAGUUCUGAAGAUGGUUUAGUGAAAGCAACUUGCUCAAAUGCCAGCAUGGACACCAGAAAUGAGGCUUGCAUGCUGAAUUCACACAGCAAUGUCUCUAAGAACAUCAUAGAAAUUUUGGAGAAAGGGUCUGCUUAUGUUUUGGAUAUAGAUCUAGAUUUCUUUUCUGUAAAGAAUCCUUUUAAAGAGAUGUAUACUCAGGAAGAGUAUAACAUUUUACAAGAACUGUACAGCUUCAAAAGGCCAAGACUGCAUUCGUUAGAGGAGGAAUUGGUGGAUUGUGUAGAGAACCGCAUACAUCAGCUUGAGGACCUAGAAGCAGCUUUUGCAGAUUUAUGUGAAGAUGAUAGUGAUGAGACUGUCCAAAGAUGGGCUUCAAAUCCUGGAAUGAGCUCUCUUGUCCAACUCGUUCAUAGUUUGAGAAGUCGAAUGGAAGCCCCGGACUAUGAGAUGAUCCACCAAGCUGGCCUAACCUGUGAUUAUGCAGAGCUUCCACAUCAUAUCAGUACAGAGACUGAGAUUGAGAGACUUUUGCAAUCCGUAAACAAUCUUCUGAAGUACCUUCCAAAGCCAACUCUUGUGACAGUAGCCAGGUCCAGUUUGGAUGAUUAUUGCCCUUCUGAACAGGUGGAUUAUAUUCAAGAGAAAGUUCUUGAUGUGCUGCGUUCUCUGUAUGGUUCAUUGGAUGUUCAUUUAGAGUUUUCUCCUGGCUCAUCAUCAGCCUAAUGUGAAGAUUGCAUAUUUCAUUUCCUACGGUACAGAUUUAUCAAGGGUCGAAUAGUGAAUUUGAAUUUUCGAGUGUCAAAAUUCAUACAUUAGAAUUUUAAUCCCCCUAUUUGAAUGUAAAUUUGAAUGUGAGAUGUUAAUAGCCUUGCGAUUUCGAAUACGAUUCAAAUCUUUGAGUCAGAACAAUUCAAUCAAAUAUUAGCCAUUUGAAUUUUUUCUUAAAUAACCUUUCGAAUUGUAAGUAUAUUCGGAUUAAAAUAAAAAAAUUCACAUGAAUUCGAAAUUCAAUCUUUGAUAAAUGGGCCUCUAAAUGUCAUAAAUGAACAUUAUGAAUUUAAUAAACAAACUCUUCCAUGUGAUCUUU